AAGAGCCCUUUAGGUUUGCCGCCGCUGUCUGCAGAUUGAUAAUCUAAGUUUCGACCACUCGUAUGUGAGAUUGAGGCACCGGCAGCAGUGACGCCCCUUUCGGGACACGUUCGUGUUUAUACUAAGCCCGAAUUCACGUACGUCCAAAGCUGGAAUUCAUAAACUAGAAUGUUUGGUGGAGGUUCCCUUUAUCUUUUAAUUCGCCCGAGGAACCAAACACUCCCUCCACUACCAUUUUCUUGAAGGGAGAAAAGGAUUGGGAGACCGAGGCGUACUUGAUUGAACCGACGGGUCGGGUCCGAUUAUAAAGGUACUCCCUCGCGUAUGUUUUCCGUAUCCGUAAGUGGGCAUUUCCGGGGUUCGUAGGCUCGGAGCUUCAUCGGUCGCUUGGACAGCGAUGGUUGUGAAGACUGAAGAGGGCAUGCUCAUGCAGGAUGCUCCCUGAUUGACAGCUACUUAUCUCUCGUGCUGCCGCCUUUUUCCUUUGCUCAUGCAAGAUCGUUUCAUUUUCGCUGGCCGCUUUCAUGGUGCUCCUGUUGGAUUUGUCCCGUUAACACGCACACAUGUCGUGCCAUAUGACAUGUCUCGAAAAGGCAAUCGCACAUGAGAUAUUCCCUCCAUUUAUUGAGCUUCGUCUUCGUUGAGUUCACUGAAAGAAAAGGGUGGUUUUCUGUAGUCUCGACUCUGCUCUGUAGUGGUAGUAGUGGUUGUAGCAGUUCGUGCACAGUGACAGGAUCUAGCUCCGCACUGAAUCGCAGAUUGCAUUCUGUAGCGCGCAGCAACACGUUUUUCCUCCCGAGUUAGGUUUUUCUGAGCUGUUCUCAACACAUUUUUCUUCUCUCUCUCCUAGCUGAUCUACAUAGGUAAACGGGCCUAUUUUUUUGGGGGACUUCUCAAGACGUUCAUUGGAUUUUGCUACUUUUUGUUCGGCUUUAUUUUUGGCCUUCCCGAGGACAAAGUUUGACCUUUGAGCUCCACCCUCCACGACCCCCUGCGUUCUGCCUUAAUAUUACCUAAUGCGAAUUUAAUAUGUCGUCUCCAUAGAUCUGUUCUUUUCGAAAAUUGAAACAGACCAUCAAACGAGCUUCCAAGAUUUGUGCUCUGGGUUAUUGGUCUUUUUUUUUGUGUGGAUGAAAUGGGGAAGAUGGCGAGCUUUGGCAAGAUCUUGGAGUGUUUUAGCCUCUCAUCACCGGCUGGCUCGUGCUCCUGUUUCUGCAUGAACUCCAUGGAUGAUCAAGCGGAAGGCCUCGGUCAGGACAUCGAGAGCAAGCCACUGAUCCCAAGCGACAACAAGCAGGUGAUGAGGCUCAAGGACUUGAUCGGUGGGACUCAUCAGACCCUGGCGUUUCAGCUGAAGCCCAAGAUGGUGACUUUGAGAGUGGCCAUGCAUUGCCAAGGGUGUGCAAGAAGAGUGGAGAAGCAUAUCUUAAAGAUGGAUGGAGUGACCUCUUACAAAAUAGACCUGGAGAGCAAGAUGGUGGUGGUGAUUGGAGAUAUAAUUCCUUUCGAAGUUCUUGAGAGCGUCUCCAAGGUCAAGUAUGCAGAGCUAUGGAGUGCCUGAAAGCUAAUUGCCGAAAAUGGUUAAUAAAUAUCAAGAGCUCCUUUAGAGUCACCCAUUUGCAGUUGAGAUCUUCAAGAAAGCUAGCUCCACAACAGAGAAAAGGGCGAUUAAAGAAAAAUCUGUAUGUCUUUUUACUCGCGAUCAUUGACGACUAUUACAGUGGGAUGAGCACAACAGGUUCUGAGGAAUGUGCAGCAGGGAAAGUUGAGUGCGCACUUGGCAACGAAAGCAGAUCCCCUUUUUUUCAUGUGGCUUUAUAUUCUCGUGUUCGAUUUUGUACUGAUGUAAAGUAUGACGGGCAAGAUUGAUUGCUCCAUGGCACAAAAACUCGAAAUCAUAUGUAUUACCGAAUUUGGUAUGCACCAUUGAUAAGGUGAUGGCUCUACUCCGAAGGGUGCUCUUAUGAUGCUUUUGGACAAGGUAGGCUCCACCCUAAUGGAGGAGGCUUAUCUCCACAAGAUAAUGGUCUAGACUCUCUUGAUAUCA